UUCCGAUCUUGUAUUCACUCAAUCGAUUUCCUUGCAAUUUUGUGGUGUAAACGAUGUGGAAUUUGCGAAAAGUCUUUUAAACACUAAGUGGAGUUCCUUGCGAUUCUGUGGUUUCAGUUGUAGAGGAUUAAGGGAUGCAGCACAGUUAUGCCCACAAUUUUUUGUGUCAAGUUGUAGUAGUCCUAGAAUGUUUAAGGCCUUUCAAAGCCGAAAAUCUUUGAAAGUUUACUGCUUGCAAGAUAGCGUGGAAGAUGAUAGAAGUCGAUUAAUCAAUGAAGCAAGGUCUGCAGUGGCGGAAAAUCUGAUAGCCGCAGGAAUUGAAGAAAAAGUUGCACUAUCAAUAUCCGAAAAUUGUCCGCACUUCAUUGAGAAGCUCAUGGAACGUGCUAAUGAAGCGGACGAAAUUUUAGGAUGGGCUAAUUUGAGUCUAGGAGCAGAGGAAGAGGGUUCCAGCACGUACGGACUGGUCAAGUCUGUGAAGUUGAGUGAUCCAGAGCUUUGGUGUGUAGUGCUCGAGUUUGUUGGAGUGCGUGCACAGGCUGUAACUCGGAUUUCUCACGUACUUUCGACUUCUACUCUUACGGAGUUUCUGAAGAAGGUUAAUUUCGUGGAGGAGUUUCUAAAUAGAGCUCAGCUUGAUGGCCAGCUGUUUGAGAGUAAAGUAUAUCAGAUGAUGCGGCGUCUUUCUGUGUACGCAUACGAGGAUGUUCAGCACACCCUCUCCUUUUUUGAAAAGAUGGCUGCUCAGCGUGGAGGUAUUGCGUUACUCGCUAGUGCACACGUCGCAGUCGCACGUCUGGUCGAAGGAUUCCCUCAUAUAUUUCUGCGGGAUUUAGACGUGGAGCUUAAAUCUGUUCUAACUUUCCUAGAAACCAUAGGAGUUCCGGACGAGUCUUUAGGAAGAGUGAUUGUGCUGUUUCCACCAGUUCUCUUGUGCGAUCCUCAUCGGGACUUGCAAGCACGACUUAGAACCUUGAAGAAGAUUGGUGUGAGGGCCAGGGAUCUAGGGAGAUUGAUAGUAAGAUACCCUUGGCUUCUUAGUGAGACCGCACAGAACAAUGUUGACGAACUUGUCGAGUUCCUCAUAUCUGUCAAGGUACCAAAAGGAGACAUAGAUCGGUCUAUUACAGCAUGCCCUCAACUACUUGGAUGUUCAACAAUCAGGACGUUGCAGCCCAUGGUUGAGCGCAUGAAUAAGUUGGGUGUGAAAAGCAAAAGACUGGGUUACGUAAUAGCUGCCAGCCCCCAGCUUCUUGUUCGCACGCCUGAUGAGUUCAACGAGGUGAUGAACUUUUUGCUCAAGAUAGGUGUUGAGGAGAAGCACCUAGGCGGAAUGUUGAAGAGGCAUCCAGGGGUGUUUGCCUCUGAUGUGAAGUCUGUUUUGGAGCCUAAGGUUCAGUUUUUGCGACAAUUAGGAAUGAAGGAAGAACUUUUAUUUAGGGUGUUGCGAUUCUUCCCAGAGAUGCUCACUAUGAGGAUUGAUUCUCUAAGAUCCAGGGUUAAGUACCUGCAAGAUGAGGGAUUUCACAAUGAGGUAAUAUGCUGUAUGAUAUGUAGAUUCCCACCAUUGCUUAGCUAUAAUCCAGAAUCGGUUCUGAAGCCGAAACUUGAAUUUUUGGUGAAUUCCAUGGGACGAUCAAUUUAUGAGGUAGUGGAGUACCCACGAUACUUCAGCUACUCAUUGGAGGUAAAAAUCAAGCCAAGAGCCAGAGUAAUCAAACUUCGACAAGUCAAGUGCAGUCUCAGAGAAAUGCUACAUCUAAACGAUGAUCAGUUUGCCUCCAAGUUCUUCGGUGUUAGCCGCCUUCUUGUUCCUCCUAGUUGAGCUGGAAAUGUAAGUUUAUCUUUCUUCUCGUUCUUUAGAGCCUUGUAAAGGCAGUCUUUUUACCCUCGGACUAGACUUUCUCCACAACCUGUUUGUCAAAUAAAUAGUGCACGUCUAUCAUGGCAUGUCAUAAGAUCUAGACUCAAACUUUUUUUUAUAUUGGUCUUUUAAAAUUCUUUUUAAGCAUUAGACUGAGAGAACUUAAUCCACGAGCCUUUGGAAUUCAUGAUUGUCAUUUAGCCCCAGAGAAGUUAUUACACGAUUUCUUGGUGUGUACUUAGUGGUGCGAUUGAGUCUUUUCAACCGAAUAUCCUCCCUUUUCUGAACCUAGAAAAUGUCAAAGUAGAGCAUUACGGAGACAGGAGAGUCGAAUGGCAUGUUUCUACAACGAAGUUGUACAUGCAUAGAAUUUGGAUAUCACUUUGGUGGUAGGAUUUUAUUCAAGAACAAUCAACUGUUUCAAGAGAAGACUGAUUCCAAAUAAAGUAAUUUAGAUUCCAAGGUGUCUUCUGACACCAAGAGGAUCCACCAAGAGGAUCAAAUGGA